UCCUGCAUCCUCUCCACUUGCCACCUGAGCCCGGUGAGAGCCUGGGAGCAGGGAGGCAGGUGGGGCACGACGUUGCCCCAGCCCCCCGACACCUCCCAAGUCCGGGGUGGAAACCCCAAGUGCAGGAUAGCAUUGCAGAUGCCAGGCACAGCAAGACAUGACCGAGAGAUGGCAAUCCAGGCCAAAAGAAACCUGUCCAAAACGACUGACCCUGUAGAAAGACUUCGCCUGCAGUGUUUAGCAAGGGGAUCUGCAGGCAUCAAAGGACUUGGCAGAGUAUUUCGAAUUAUGGAUGAUGACAACAGCAGGACUCUUGAUUUCAAAGAAUUUGUGAAAGGAUUAAAUGAUUAUGCUAUGAUGAUAGACAAGGAAGAAGCACAAGAGAUUUUCCGGAUAUUUGAUAAAGAUGGCAAUGGAACAAUUGAUUUUGAUGAAUUUCUUGUUACACUGAGACCCCCAAUGUCAAAUGCAAGAAAAGAGAUCAUCAUGCAGGCGUUUAGGAAGUUAGAUAAAACUGGAGAUGGUGUCAUAACAAUUGAAGAUUUACGGGGGGUGUAUAAUGCAAAGCAUCACCCCAAAUACCAAAAUGGAGACUGGACAGAAGAUCAAGUUUUUAGGGCCUUUCUGGAUAAUUUUGAUUCACCCUAUGACAAAGAUGGGAAGGUCACAACUGAAGAAUUCAUGAACUACUAUGCAGGAGUCAGUGCGUCAAUAGACACAGAUGUCUAUUUUAUCAUCAUGAUGAAGAAUGCUUGGAAAAUCUGAUCAUAUGAUUAAAGGAGCAAGACUUUACUUCCACCUUUUGUUACAAAAGAUGAGUUUUUGAACUACUACUCAGGAGUUAGUGCUUCUGUGGACAGCGAUGCCUACUUCAUUUUAAUGAUGAAGAAAUCCUGGAAACUCUGACUUUUGCUUUU